AUGUUCAUUGGAUAUUUUACGGAAAGGCCCUACCAGGAUCCCAAAUCCGGGUAUUUCGGCGCAACCGGCAAGUCGAUCAUGGACCUCAACGUCAGCAAUGAAAUAUACGAUGCCGAGCUGGGCGCCCAUUUGUACAACCGCUACCUGGACGAAAAGAUCUACGCUGAGGAGAUGGGGUUCGACGGCCUGAUGCUCAACGAGCACCACAGCACGCCGUUCUGCAUGGGCGGCGCGAUGAACGUGGAAGCUUCGGUUCUCGCCCGCAUCACCAACCGCGCCAAGAUAGUCCUGUUGGGCAACAUCCUUCCCCCUCUGGGACGACCCGUUGUGGCUGGUCGAGCAGUUGUCCAUGAUUGA